AUGUCGGACCACACUGUUUAUCCGAAGCCACUUGUGGUUACGGAAGAGCGGCUGAAGGAGGCUCGCGAGAAGCAACUGAGGCAACAAGCCCUAAAGGAGGCACUGGACGAGCAAAUCGCACAAACUAGACGACGUAGAAUCGAUCAUCACGCUCUUAGCAAGAAGAAUAAUGUGAUGAAGGAGGAUGGGGUUCGGCGGCAGUACACGUUCACUUAUGAAGACGGUCACGGUAGAUUUAUUCAACGGGACGAUUCCCCAGAACCUCGUGAGCAGCCAACCCGGACAAUCACUGGCACUUCGACUGUCGAUAUGACAAGUGAUAACGCUACCGCACUGAGUAUAAUUUCUGGGCACAGAAAACCCUUGGAGCUUGUCCCCAGCAAGAAUUCUCAGUCAAAUUCCUUGCCGCCAAAUUUCUCAAUGAGCACAUCGGAAGCAAACCCUUUAGUACCAAAAAGAACCGAGCACAGCGGCCAAUCCCUUCCGGUGGAUUCCGGGUCCAGUAGUAGAAAACAAAACGGCGGUAUGAACAAUAUCUCGCCGAGAGUACGUGAUUUGUUUCCGCAAGGCGCAUCCCCUAAGAGUGGUUCGAAGUCUGCGGAGUUAGUCGAUGAAGGGGGCUGUCAGAAGAACUGCCUUCCUCGCAACUUCAACUUGGAGGAUGUUAAACGGUUGCUACAGGGGCCACAGGCAUCGCCGCGGCCGGCGCAGCCUCCUGCUGGUGGAGGUCGUUCCCCAUUUCCUCUGCGAAAUAUCCCCCAGAAGCAUCAUACGGGUCACCUUCCCCCGCUAGAUCCUUUAGAAGGGGCAAACGGUAGGCGAAAAUCUGAAGAACCUUCGACGGGAGUCGACCUUGCUUUUUCGCCUCCACACGAUUUUUUAGGCGCUCAUCCUCCGAAUGUUAAAAGCCCGCGGCUUCUCAAGUUGAAACAACUAUCAACACCACGGCGACUCUCAAAUGAAGGACGUGGCCGACCCACUGUAAAUGCUUUGGCACCUCGCAACGGUCAGGCGCGGGUGACAGAAAAUACGGUGGAGCGGCUGCAAAAGGAGUUGGAGUCUCGCGACGUUCAAAUGGCGAAAAUGAGGGAAAAGGAGAAGAACUGGGAGGAACAGGUCAAACAGUUGAAAAUAGAAUUAAAAAGUGCCAAAAAAAAGGAGCGGGAUUUGAAUAGACUAGUCAAGGAGGGCCCGAGAAGAGCGGAGACGGCGCCUGAUCAGCCGAUUCUCUCCCCGCCUACGCUGAGUGCUCCAGGAUUACCUGCAAAGAAGGGUUUUGGCGCCCCAUCACCCCCUGGGCAGGGGAAGAAACAAAAGUUUGCUCGGAGCCGUGUAUUCAAUCAACAAACAUUCCGUCCUAUCAGUGCGCCCUCCGAUGCCGCCUCAAGCUCCUACGUCCCUCAAGAAGAAAAUGUGGCAUCACUUAUGCAGGAGUCCUUCAAAUGUGCUUCUGUUUUGACGCGAAAGACAGCAUUUGGUUUACCUGAGGAAAAUGCUAACCGUCCUGUACCCAUAGAAUAUGAACAUCUCCUGCAAUUUGUGAAGGAACAAAUCAUCACUCAACAGCAGGCGGAUGCGUUGUGGCGUCUCUUUAGUAAUGAGGAGCCGCCAUUGACUCUCCUACGCCGGCAAUCUACAGUAGCUCAACCCUCUGAUACGACGGUGAUUACCAACACUGACAAUUAUUUAGUUCUUGAGAACGGAAUAGAAAACUCUAUAUAUGAUGCUAGUGAUGCGAAACGGAAGGAAAAAAAUUUUAAUGAAGAAAUAGACAGGAAGGAAUUAGUUUGCAGCAAUGGGCAUGGCCAUGAAGAGCUUGAAUUGGAAGGCGAUACCUUUGAAACAUUUGCAGAACUUCACUUGGAAGAGUCUUUUUCUCAGGAAGAGGCGGGUGAUGAAUAA